GGCCUUGUCCAUUUUCUCUAAACGCAGCGUUUCGUAUGUUUUUCUGGAUGAGACAUUAGAGACGGAAGCAGCGAAGAAGAAGAAGAAUCACCAUCUUAGCUUUUUGUGCCUAACUGUGAAGAAUCCACAUUGAAUUGAUUCCUCAGGAGGAUGCUUAGCUUGAGAUACUCGCUACCUUAUCUUCCUCAAACAAAGGAAUCAACCAAACUCUUCUCCAAGAGGCCUAACAAUGCUGUGGUUUGUGCUGCGAGAGGUCCAAGGCCUCGACACCCUCGAGUAUGGAAAACUAGGAAGAGGAUCGGAACUAUCUCCAAGUCUGCCAAAAUGAUUGCUUGUAUUAAAGAACUCUCAAACGUUAAAGAAGAAGUCUACGGAGCGCUUGACUCCUUCAUCGCUUGGGAGCUAGAGUUCCCUCUCGUCAUUGUCAAGAAGGCUUUAGCUGUUCUCGAAGACGAUAGAGAGUGGAAGAAGAUCAUUCAGGUGACGAAGUGGAUGCUGAGCAAAGGCCAAGGGAGAACAAUGGGAACUUACUUCUCCUUACUAAACGCUUUAGCUGAAGAUAACCGCCUCGAUGAAGCUGAGGAGCUUUGGAGCAAACUCUUCAUGGAGCAUUUAGAAGGAACUCCGAGAAAGUUCUUCAACAAAAUGAUCUCUAUUUAUUACAAGAGAGAUAUGCACCACAAGCUCUUCGAGGUGUUUGCUGACAUGGAGGAGCUUGGAGUGAAACCGAACAUUUCGAUUGUGAAUAUGGUUGGGAAAGUGUUUUUGAAACUUGGGAUGGAGGAUAAGUACGAGAAGCUUGUGAAGAAGUAUCCUCCACCGCAGUGGGAGUUUAGGUACAUCAAAGGAAGACGCGUUAAGGUCAAGGCAAAGCAGCUUAAUGAGCUAAGCGAAGGUGAAGGAGGCUUUAGCAGCGAUGAGGAUAAUAAUGGUGAUGAGAUUGAGAGUAAAUCUGAAAUGUUGUUGUCAGAUAAGGAACCAAACAAAGUUGAUGAACCUGUAAAAGAAUCAUUACAACAAGACACCAAAGAGAGUUUUCAAGAUUGAAUUUUUCAAAAUAUCUCAUACAACAGGGGGAUGAAAAUACAAUCAUAAUAACAUUUUCUUUCUUCAUA